AAGUGGUGUUUUGUGGUUAAUGAUCGCAUUAAGUUAGUCGGAAGACAUUCGCGAGUGUUAUUAUAUUGGAGUAUUCAAUAAACAAAGUGUAUCUGCCUAUUUUCGCUUCGUGUCAGGAAGCCGCUUCAUAACUCAAAAGUUUAUGCGGACUUUUGAGUUAAUUCGUUUGGGGUUCGGAGUAGGAGUCUACUCCGAGGGUGGGGGCUUAGGUUUCAUCAUCAUCACCUUUCAUCAUUUCAUUAAUCAUCAAGAAAAAAAAUACGUCAGACAUGGCUGUAUGGGCAUAGUUCCCUUUGCCUUACCCUUCGGGGAAAACCAAACCAAAAAAAAAAAAAAAAAAUUGUUGAUAGAUUGGAAGCAAAAAACAUGAAAUCGUGUAAAUAAACAAAUGUUUACAGACAGUAUCAUUUUCUGAGAAAGACUCAAACACCGCUGAAUACCGCAAUCAUGGGUGACGGACCAAACGGGUUUGAUGACAUUGAAAUACUCAAAGCCCUGUAUGACUUCGAGGCUACCCAAUCCAAGACUCUCAGCUUCACCGAGGGCGAAUUCUUCUUCCUUCAACAAACCAACUCCAAGCAGCGAAAUUGGUGGCAUGUCGUUAAUAGGAAAGGUCAAGUCGGGUUUGUUCCCUCCAAUUACGUCGCCUCAGUCAAGGUGGAGCCGGAAUUCUUGCUGGCUUUUUUGAAUGACUGCCUUAAGAAUCUCAAUGAUAGUGGCAUGGCGUCACAGAAGCAAGAACUGGUAACUAGAUUGAAUGAAAAGAAGAAACAAGUCCAGGUGUCUUUUAAGCCUCAUACUAAGAAGCCACCAGCACCCAAGCCUCCACCACGCUUUGAUGAUAGUACCCCUCCUAAUGGAGUAUCACCAUCAUUUGAUUUACGGCCUGUGGUAUCCCAACAACAUAUUAGCGAAGAGAGGGAGAUUCAGUCUCCUAAAUCUUUGAAUAGCAACACUACUAAAGAUACUCAUGAAGUGAGAAAGAAUAAGUCCACUCUGAGCAAAACCUCCCAACAGCUGUCUUCUGACACCGACAACCAGGAUGACAGUCAGGACAGCAGUGAGAGUAUCAAGCCUAAUGCCAUUUAUGAGAUUGUACAAGCUGUGAGGAAGGAGACCCAGCUAAGCCAUGAAAUGUCCAAAGUUGCUGUUGAAACUGUUCUCAUUUCCCUUAGAGAAUUCUUGCCCGGUGGUGCUGCCAGAUCUAUUAUAGAUGCAUUACUCAGGGAAGCCAACAGUAACAUUACCUGUCCGAAGAAUGCGAUUGAUGCAGCACCUGAUGCACUGAGGAUGAUGACAGCUCUCAACUCCCUCUCCAAAGCAGCCAAUGAUGCUCAGCAGAGGGGCUGGGCAUUACAUGAUGAUGCUCAUGAUAUACAGACUCAACUGCUUGAGCUUAUUUCGGUCAUGUCUAAUGCAGAUGUAAACAUCUCCCAGCAUGUACUGAGCAGUCACCGCUAUGCAUAUGUUACCACACUAGUCCAGUACUACCAAAUGGAGACCAGGUGGCCCCUGCGACAACUGCUGUUACAGGCAUUUGGCGUAAUGUGCGGCCUGGAGCGCACGGCCCUGGCGACGCUGGCGCUGUCGGCGCUGCCGGCGGAGAUCGCACGCGACAUGCAGGACAACCCGCGCGCAGUCAGCCGCCUCUCACACUCCGCGCUGCUGCUCUCCAUGGUCUUGUCCAUGGGCGACAAACUGCCUGUCACGCAUUUUGAACAAUUGGGCGUGGAGUUCGCUCAGUUCCUUUUGGACCUGAUAGAGAAUCCUCCGGAAACAGACGUGGACGAGCAGAUCCCGGACUUGUUCCUCACCCUCCUGCUGGCAUACAACCUGCAGUUCGACAACCCCCACGACAACCUGUUACUGAACGCACUGGAAACCAGGGACAAUGCCAAGACCUUCUGCGAAAAAGUGCUGCUGCUACUCAAUCGUGAAGAGGAUCCAGUACACAUAUUCGACCACGAGCCCGCGCCUGCGCACUCGGUACUCAAGCUUGUGAUUGAUCUGUUCACGCGCAAAAAGACUGCCGAACACUUCUACACCAACGACGUGAACGUUGCCAUCGAUAUCAUCGUGCGGCAACUUGCUGACCUCUCGCCCGGAGACAUGCGUCGCCAACAAUACCUGAAGAUCCUCCAAGGCAUCAUCCGAAACACGGACUAUGGCGCGCACCUGCAUCGCCGCGACGACCUGCUGCGGUGCUUCGCUCGCAUCUUCUGCGAAGAAGGCGACGCCAGUAAGGACGAUCAGACGCUGGUCCGGGCCAUCUCCAACGAGUUCCCACACUACUUCAAGGCCUAAAACCUCUGACGCAGGUAAUGGUGGACGCUCAGAAUUAUGCUAGUUCAUAAAAUUACGACAUGUCAAGUUUAGGUGUACUGGUAAUAUCCUAGCAUAUUUAGGCAACGUUAUUUAAAGAUCCUAUGACCGAUAGUGGAGUAAGUACUACACGCGAAGUGAUAAACGUAUAAGAUUGUUUGAUGAUGAAUAAUUUAUUACUGCCCUAAGAGAUGCAAUAUAAACAUUUAAUAGAACCAGACUAGAUUUGAAUUGUAACUUUAUGAAUAAGGUUUCGAGGAGUAAAAGUAAGCGAUUUGUUGGACUGAAUGAUGUGCGUUGCUAACACAACGUUCCUAAAACGCGUUUGACUAAGAAAUUGAUAUGUACUGGCAUAAGAUUUGGCAAUGGCUUAAAAUAUGGUCAAUUUGAAUAUUUACUUAAAAAUAACAUUACAAAGGUUUACAUGAUAGAUGUUAUAUUAGGUACACAGAUUUAUCUUGAAUUCAUCGAUAAAAAGUAUAGUAUUAUUAAUUGAUAUAUCGUCCCAUUUUACUUACCAUUUAUUUCUAUGAAGAAAUGUAAAGAAGGCACGUUAAGCCGUUGGUCCCGGUUACCACUUACUGACGUAAGUAUGUGGUCGUUACAAGAGCCAUAGUAAGGGCCUUUGGCGGCUCAGUAACCUUAUCAACCCUGACACCAGGGUUGAUAAGGUUGGUAUUCCACCACACAACCCACACGAUAGAAGAAGAAGAAUGUAAAGAAAUGAUUUUCAAUCUAACAAUAAAAGUUUUCAUGAGAAGCCAUUGACUAGCGCCAUUUAUCAGGCGGCGGUCAAAGUGUGUGGAGCGUUUGUUUCUAGAUUUCUGUAUAGGGGCCGCUCGGAAACACUUCAAAAUUGGCUGUGCUAGUGCGGAUUAUAUAUAAGCCUCGCGUUAUUCGAUGUGGUCUCGUAUUUAUUGUUAUGUGUGUCUGUAGAAGUUUUGGAAUAUAAAUACAGAGGGUUUAGAACAAAAUCCUAACCACAAUCUUAAAUGUUUCUAAUAAAACUAAAGCGUAGGUUUCGUAUAAUAAAAUUGUUUCUUCCUAUUGCUGAUAGAGGUAAGUACUGCACAAUACGAAGCAUUUACUCGCAUUGCUAAUGAAGUUCGUGCGUAUCAAUUGUAUUGUAUGUUUUUGAAUAAGUAUUUUUUGGUUAUUUCGUACGACGUCAGUUGUAGCGUAUUUUAUUCUCUCUAUUGUUCUAGUUAUAUCUGGCCGUAGUAAUCAAAUGAAUAAUAUUCCUACAUAGUGCCAUUCCCCUAGCCAAAGAUAUUAAUUCCUUCUAAACAGUCAAUUAAUCAAAUAAUGCUUUAAAAAGGUCCGUGUCAUGUAAAACAUACCUUACAUUCCUGUAAUAUAAAUUGCUUGGGCCUAAUUUUGCAGUUUUAAAUAUGCGUAAAUUAUCGGUACGUAAUGCAUUCCAUGAAUCAUAUAAAAAAUGUUUUGACAAAGUGGAUUUAAAGAAUAAAAAGAGAAGGAGUAGGUAUUUAGUUAUAACAAUUGCACGUACUUAUAUCACAGAUGCAAUAUUUUUGCUAGUCAAUAGUAAAUAUUAUAAUCCCAUCCGUUACAAAGUAUAAGGUAUUUAAAUUGUAAAACAAAUCGGUAUUUUUAGAUGUUUGAACUUUCAUCGACUUAAUAUUAUAAGUAUUUGAUUCAUUUGAGUAUUUUAUCAACUGAAGUUUGUCGUGAAAUACAUAAUUGCACGUAUUUUAAAUUAUAUCCAUGUUAUUGUUUAGUCAUCGACCAAUACUUUCAGGGUGUUUGUAGAUUUAUUGUAACUUAUUCUCUCUAGUUAAAUAAACUUAAAAUCAUAUUUAGACAACAAAUAAUACUUAGUGUUCCAUAUAAAUGUGGCACAAAUAACUUUCACUCAUGUAUUAUCGUGAUUUGGGGGUUAAAAUGGCCACAUCGAAGCAAUUCAUCUAAGAAAGCAAUGUUGCAAUUUGAGAUUUGCGCAUAAGUGCGUAAUGCAAACAAAUGUCAAAUAGCAAUAUUGCUUUCUUAGAUGAAUUGCUUCGAUGUGGCCAUUUUAACCCCCCCUGUUCGUCUCGAUCGUUAAGUACUUAUUUAUAUUAAACUUGUUAUUUCUUAAAUGUU